ACAAUAAUUAUUAAAUAAGUUAUAAAUAAUAAUAUUUUUUAGAUUUUUGAUUUGUGAAGAUCUCAAAGACGUCCAAAGAGGCCUGUCUCUAGAGACGAACAUGCUCGAGCAAAAUAUGUCCAUUAAAUCUGUAGUGGUGGAUUUUUUGACGCCUCCGCUUGCAUCAAGAUCGUUAAAGAAUCUAACCAAAAUUAGAAACUUUAGAACGCCAGUUAAUGAUGUAGUCAGCAAAAAUAUUACAAUGGUGCUUGAGAAUUUGUUGAAAAACUACGAGAGUUCUCAGUUGCCCACACACGGAAAAGAAUCAUCUGACUCAGAAUUAUCUGAAAUGAUACUGAACAGAUCGAAGCAAAAGGAAGCAAAGCAAAUGCAGAGUACGCUACUAAAUUUAGCCUCCGCUUGUGAUAAAACUGGGGUUUCUGAUCGAUCGGCUGCAAUCAUAGUAAAUGCUGCAUUAUUGCAUUUAAAUAUAAUUAGUAAAGAAGAGUAA